AAUGUAUUAAAGGCGGCAUUACAGGCAGAGAGGAGAAAAAUUUGAAAAGAAAAGACGAUGGAGGAACCCGUCGGAAAAUUGUGCACAACGCUGGCGAAAUUCUGCAACCACCUCCAAACUAGCUGCGCCGCCCUUAAAGAGUCCGUCGACCGCCGCCCAAUCCCCCUCGAUUCCGCUUCAACAACCUUCAUUCAAAGCGUUAAUCGGAGAGUAUCCGCCGCCGGCGACGACCUCAACAUUCUGGAAUCCAUGUCAUUCGCGACGGUGUCGUUUGAGGAGCUCUUGGGACACUGCAAUGAGGUCUUGAAGAAGAAUCGGAAUGACAUUUCUGACCUCCAGGAUCACCUCUAUUCCUCCUCCAACUACAUUCCCCCGCUUGAUUUUGACGAAGAAGCUGAGGUGGAUGACUUUUCUCUGGAUACUUUUUCGCCUGGAAGCGGUGUUGAAUUGAAGAGGAGCGAUGAUGUGGAAGACGAUCCCUUGCUUGAUGAUUCAUUGAGUUUGAAGAAAUUUGGGAUCUCUGAUAGUAGUCUUGCAGCCAUAGCAUCUCAAGCUCACAAUAAAUGCGAGAUGUAUGAAUCUGAUUUUGAGAUAGAAGAAGGAAGGACAGAUGAGAUGAAGGAAUGUGAAGAUUCUCGCAUUUCGCUGAAUGUCACAAGAGAUGAUUAUGAAAGUCUUCCUAAACACAUGAAGGGCUUGGCAUCAUGGGAGGAUCUCCAAAAUGCGGUUGCAAAAAUAAAUUCAUGCAUAGGAUCAAAGAAAACAAAGGCAGAGACUUUUCAGCAAGAUGAAAUUGAAUUGCUUGGACUAGGCUACAAAGCAAGAUCUUAUCUGUUGCUUCUUUUAAAAAUGAAUAGGCUACGCAUUGAGACCAAUGAAGGCGUCAUCUCAUACAAGAUCUUGUAAAUUUUGUAACAUGCCGUCCCAUACGCUAGCAAUUGUUCUUUCCUCGAGAUGCAUUUUUUAGUGGAAUCGAUUUGUAAAUUGUAACAUCUACAAUUUCCCUUCUAUUAAUAUUUUAUUUAUUAUUUUUA